CAUCGUCUUCAUAACCCCCACCCUCCCCCAACUCCCCACCAAACGCCUCUCUUCUCAUUUUCUUCAUUUCUUCUCUCCUCUCCUCUCUAAUGGCUGCUUCUUCAGGGACAAUAGACGCCCCCACAGCUUCUUCAUCUUUCUCUUUCUCCACCGCCUCUUCAUUCAUGUCCUCCUCUUUCACUGACCUCCUCGCCUCCGACGCCUAUUCCGGCGGCUCUGUGAGCAGAGGGCUGGGUGAUCGGAUAGCGGAGAGAACUGGGUCGGGUGUGCCCAAGUUUAAGUCUUUGCCGCCGCCGUCUCUGCCGCUUUCUUCGCCGGCCGUCUCGCCAUCGUCCUACUUCGCUUUUCCUCCUGGGUUGAGCCCCAGUGAGCUCCUGGAUUCCCCUGUUCUCCUAUCUUCCUCAAACAUUUUGCCGUCUCCGACGACUGGGACUUUUCCUGCUCAGACCUUCAACUGGAAGAAUGAUUCUAAUACAUCCCAGGAAGAUGUUAAGCAAGAAGAGAAAGGAUACCCAGAUUUCUCUUUCCAGACCAACUCUGCUUCAAUGCAGACAUUGAAUUAUGAAGAUUCAAAGAGGAAAGAUGAGCUCAAUUCUCUGCAGAGCCUUCCCCCUGUGACUACUUCAACUCAGAUGAGCUCUCAGAACAAUGGUGGGAGCUACUCUGAGUAUAAUAAUCAAUGCUGCCCGCCAUCGCAGACGUUGAGGGAGCAGAGGCGAUCUGAUGACGGGUACAAUUGGAGGAAAUACGGGCAGAAACAGGUGAAGGGGAGCGAAAACCCGAGGAGUUAUUACAAGUGCACGCACCCGAAUUGCCCCACGAAGAAGAAGGUCGAGAGGGCUUUGGAUGGGCAGAUUACUGAGAUUGUCUACAAAGGAGCUCACAAUCACCCGAAGCCUCAGUCUACUAGGAGAUCGUCGUCCUCUACAGCUUCUUCGGCUUCAACCUUGGCUGCCCAGUCUUAUAACGCGCCUGCCAGUGAUGUCCCGGAUCAGUCGUAUUGGUCUAAUGGUAACGGGCAGAUGGAUUCUGUUGCGACGCCAGAGAAUUCUUCGAUCUCCGUGGGGGAUGAUGAAUUCGAGCAGAGCUCUCAGAAGAGGGAGCCCGGGGGAGAUGAGUUUGAUGAAGACGAACCGGAUGCAAAGAGAUGGAAAGUGGAAAACGAAAGCGAUGGAGUUUCUGCACAGGGGAGUAGGACAGUAAGGGAACCGAGAGUUGUAGUUCAAACGACGAGUGAUAUUGAUAUUCUUGACGAUGGUUAUAGAUGGAGAAAAUAUGGCCAGAAAGUUGUGAAGGGAAAUCCCAAUCCGAGGAGCUAUUACAAAUGCACGAGCCAAGGCUGUCCGGUGAGGAAACACGUGGAAAGAGCUUCACACGAUAUCCGGUCGGUGAUAACAACCUACGAAGGGAAACACAACCACGACGUUCCUGCUGCCCGAGGGAGUGGCAGCCACGGCCUCAACCGGGGCGCCAAUCCUAACAACAAUGCGGCCAUGGCCAUGGCAAUUAGGCCUUCGACGAUGUCUCUCCAAUCUAACUAUCCCAUCCCAAUCCCGAGCACGAGGCCAAUGCAGCCGGGAGAAGGCCAAGCGCCUUACGAGAUGUUGCAGGGACCGGGCGGUUUUGGGUACUCGGGAUUUGGGAACCCGAUGAACGCCUACGCGAACCAAAUCCAGGACAACGCGUUCUCGAGGGCCAAGGAGGAGCCCAGAGAUGACUUGUUCCUGGAGACAUUGCUAGCUUGAUGAUACAUAAUACACUGUGAAGCUCAUCUGCUCAUGAAGUUUCCUUUUUGUUUACUUUUACCAAUUUUAUUGUGUUUUUUUAUUGUUUUUUUAUUGUUUUUUUUUUUUUUUUUUUUUUUGUGUGGGUUUUGUGUCUGGGGUAAUUGGCAGAAGGUUGAUUCAUUUGUUCGUUUUGCUGUGUAUUAUUUUUGUAUGUAUAGCCACAGGAAAAUCAGUUCAUUAUAGUGCAAGAAGAAGAUGGGUAUAGAAAAUCCCUGAUCUCAACUUCAGGUUAGGAUUGUAAAUCCUCAGUUGAAGAAUGUACCAUUAAGGAAACAUGUUUUUUAAAAUACAUAUUUAAAUUUUUCUUAUGCUAA